UAGGGUUUGAUAGUGACCUGAAUUUGUGGGCAACAUCCAAAUUGAAAUUACCAAGAAAGAAAAAGUUACGAAAACUUGCAGACAGACCCAAAUCACGACCUGCGCCUCAAAGACUUGUUAAAAAGCAAGGUGCUGCCAUUACUAGGUAUGUACAUUGGGCUAGAAAUCUUGUGAAGUUAUUUGGAGGGAAUGAGGGAUUAGCUGAAUGUGGAACAUAAUAGCGUGUUUCAUUACGCGGUAGAUGCUGGUCAAUCUGUACCCUGGGUGCCAGAGCCUCGUGUGAUAGAAGUGAGGACACGACGAGGAGGCUCUGACCACACGAGCAUCCAGCCUCACUUUGGUGAGUUCAAUAUUUGAACUCUGUUUGUGAUUGGUCUAAAUUUAUGUGAGUCUUUUCAUUGGUUAACCGAUGAGCGUCGGUUAACCAAUGAAAAGAGUGGAAAUUUUUGUCUGGUUGUGCUUCCAGGAGGAAAAUUCUUUUUUCCUGCCCUGGUGCAAAUGAACAGAGAGAUGUAGUUCAAUUUUGUUGCUCCUGUACAGCAGAUGUGAGCAUCUGACAUUGACAGAAGUUGACCACCAUCUGCUGACCUGCAAUGCUUGCCUACUCAUUGAUUGGACAAUGGUUAGCAAUGUUAGCUUAAAACGUGAUACGUGACUGUACACAUCUUUUUUAGGGCGUGUUUAGAAACAGUUUGUCAGACAAUGAAGAGUCAGAUUAUGUACAGAGCAUUGAAAGGAUGUAUGUAUUUUCCACUUCUAACCAAAUUAACUUUAAUUUUCUUGUAUGUGACUUCUUUAUUACCUGUGUAGUGUCUGAUACUCUGCUUGUUUUUUAUGACUGAAUUUGAGUUGUCUUCGAACAUUUUGUUAUGCUAAAAAUAUAUACUUACACUGGUAAAGGUCAUCUGACUUGUCUAAUGUCUAGCCCAUACCUUUUCAAAUGCCAGAACGCCCUGUUCAAAUGCCAAAACGGAGUAUUCAAAUGCCAGAUCUACCUUUUCAAAAGCCAUAACUCCGUUUUCAAAUGCCAGAACUCUGUUUUCAAAUGCCAUAACUCCCUUUCCAAAUGCCAAAACUCAGUUUUCAAAUGCCAGAACUCCUUUUUCAAACGUCAGAACUCCGGUAUCAAAUGCUAUUUGCAUGCGUUGCAACCAGUAUUCUUAUACUUUCCUGCCCAACAUCGUCUCUGUAUAUUUUUCAGGGCUGUCUCAUGUACGACAUUUAUCAACUGUACGAGAGCACCUCUCGAGUCUAGUUCAAUCGACGGUGGCCGGCGAUGAUGACAUCACGAGGCAGGGCUUGACGCGGGAAAAAUGGUCCGAGCUAUAUCAAGAUGGCAAGGUACAUCUGUCCUAUAUAUUAACAUGUUCUGAAUGAUAUCUCAAAUGCGAGGAUCCAGUGUUGCUGUGGCUUACCCCUAGGGAAUAAAGGGGAGAGGGGUGGGGGGGAGCGUGCUGUGCCUGAAAGACAGUACUUAAGCAACUGUGGUGUAAGUUGCAACAAGGUUUUUCAACCUUAAUCGAAAAUUGCUUCAGCUUGACUUUUAUUUCCUUCUAGUUAUGUUCAGACGAAGAGGAAAUUUCGAAGUUGGUUUAUCAUGGUGGUGUGGACCAGGAAAUUCGACAUUUGGUAUGUACGAUUAUGUUAGUGUUUAGGAGUAACAAAGUUCAUCCAGUUUUACUUUACCAAACAUCAUCUAUGAAUGAUGAAAGGAUGAAGUUAGCUUGCCAAAAUUCUCCAAGCGUUUAAUCAUGAAUCUAACUAACCACACCAACAAACUUCUUAUUAUUUUUAUUAAACUUCUUAUUCUCUGUCAGGUCUGGCCUUACCUCCUCGGCUUUCACAAAUACGGCAGCACGCACGAAGAACGUGAGCACGAAGACAACGUGCGUGCACACGAAUAUAAGAAACUUCUCGCAGAAUGGACGAACGUCGAAAUCUUGCUUCGGCAACGUACGCGAGUGUCGGAAACGGAUCGGGACAGCACGGCAGACAGCGUGGGUAGCAAGGAGGACGAGUUUAACGAAACCCCGGAAAAUGAUCCCAAUGAUACGAAGAACGACAUCGGAUCACCCGACAGUGGUAACGUAUCUAAUGGCAAGCUAACGAACGGGUACGGACAUAAUGAUCCCGGAGAAAGUGACCACCCGCACAACGGUACCCCCGGAGAAAAUCACUCCCGGCAUAAUGACACCCCCGGAGAAAACUCUCCCAAAUCUGAACUUGAUAAUGAGAGUGGCUGUUAUGAUUGCGAGACCGGGAAGUUAUGCAGUCCUGCCGACGAGAAUAGCCCCACCUGCGAGAAGUGUCACCUGUGUAAUGGUGGGUCAUCUGGGGAUCACGUUGGGUCAUCUGGGGAUCACGUUGGGUCAUCUGGAGAUCACGUUGGGUCAUCUGGGGAUCACGUUGGGUCAUCUGGGGAUCACGUUGGGUCAUCUGGGGAUCACGUUGGGUCAUCUGGGGAUCACGUUGGGAUGACGAAUGGUUAUCAUAGUAAUGGCGUGGAUAAUAAUGUCGGUGAGACGAAGCAGUGCACGUGUCAGAAAGAUGACAGACGUAGUCGUAGACUCAGUUCGUAUUCAGUAAGUUCCCCGUUUACUUUGUUAUAUUGGAUAGCUCUGUGAGUUCCAUAAACUACACACGUAAAAACGCACAAGUUGUUACAAGUCUGCAAACAAGUUGUUACAAAUCUGUUCACAAGCUGUCGACAAGUUGUGUUCGCACUGCUUGUUCCCAGUUGUUGUAUACAAGUUUGGAACAAGCUGUUAACAAUUUGUAACAACCUUGUUGAUGUUAUCAGACCUGUCACAAGGUUGUUCUAACAAGGCUGAUACAGUCACGAUAAACAAGAAUGUUACAAGGUUCAUGACACAAGGUUGUAACAAUACUGCUAUAUCAUGACUGUAUCGGACUUGUUUGAACAACCUUGUAACAAGUCUGAUAAUAUCAACAAGGUUGUUACAAAGUGUUAACAGCUUGUUCCAAACUUGUUGACAACUUGUGCAAGCAAUGCGAAGACAACUUGUUGACGGCUUGUUGGCAGACUUGCUACAAGAUGUGAGAUUUUUGCGUGUGUAUUCUCCUUAGAGGUCCAGUAAGGUCCUUCAUUGAUCCAGUUUUACUACAGGGAGAAACUGGAAUACCGGAGGAAACCUGUGGUAUUUGAUAGAGUCAAACUGGAAGCAUUCUUCUCACAUGUGAGAUGAAAUUAUAAUCAGACAACUGUAUAUUGCUGGAAUACACCCUUUCGAUAAUUACGUCACACAUACUUUUUGGUCUUGGAGCCUCGCUCUCAUUAGUAAAUUACGCAAGGUGAUUGGCUCACGAUUCAUGAGAGCGAGGCUCCCAGGCCAAAUGUCGUAAUUAUCAAAAGGGUGUAUUGAAGCAGUCUGUCCCAGAGGUAAAACAAAUACUAGAGCUGUGCAAACUCCGGUUAUUUUAGCUCCACAGCUCUAACAUGUACCAACCACUGUGCCAUGUGUAUGACAAUUUUAAGGAAAUUUCAUAUUUAAAAGUAGAAGCAGGCGAAAGUAUUUCAGAAUUUAUUUUAUUCCUUUUUGAGCUUUCUCCUUUAUUUAUCAAAUAUACAUGCUUCGGUGCUUGUUUAAACAAUAGAAAGUAAAACCGCAUUGGCAACGUGGUAUUUUUCUGCGCUUGCAGAAUUUUCGAAGCUACGAAUCGGAUCGGAGCAAGCAAUUAAACUUUAUAGUAACUUCAAAUCAUUCAACUUAAUUUUUCCAUUACCAAAAGUUCAUUGAAAUAUGAAAUAAUUUUUCAAAAUUUUGUCUGCCGGAGUUUUCCAACUCCGGCUCCAGCAAAAUAUGCCAGAGCUCCGGUACUCCGCCGCACAGCUCUAACAUGUACCAACCACUGUGCCAUGUGUAUGACAAAGGAAGGGUUUAAGUAUUGUAUUAUUAUUACACCAUCCAGGGCUUUUACUCAAUUGUUCAUUCGUUUCCUUUAAGGAUGAUCUGUUAGAUAAUUUUGGUCUGAAUAUUCAUCGUAUUGACAAGGACGUAUUACGCUGUGAUAGAAAUUAUCCUUACUUCAAUCAUGAAAACCUCGAAAAAUUACGACGAAUCAUGUGCACGUAAGUAGGAAAGAUUGCAUAAAGGCUGAUUUCCACUGUUGCGUUUUUCGUACGCACGUUUUGUUGCGAAAUGUUGUAAAAUGCGGAUAAUAUAGCCUUGCGAAGUUUGCCGUUUUUCAGUAAUUUUGUAUUACGCACGGGAAAUUGACAGCCCAAACGGGUGUUGGGGCAUCAAUUUCCCAUUUGUAAUACAACAUGACUGAAAAUUGCAAAUUUUGCAAGGCUAUAUUAUCCGCAUUUUACAACAUUUCGCAACGAAACUUUGGUAUAUUACUAAUUUUGUGAUGCUCUUUCAAGCUGUGAUGAAAUUUUUGUCUAGACCAAAAUUUAGUCUAUAAUGCAAAUGGUCCAUUAAUUGAACUAAAACAGCAGACCCCCUCCCCGUCUUUAUAAACUGUCUAAUAUUUUAUGAACCCCCUUUUUCCUGGCUAAAAAAUAUGUGACCCCCCUCCACUGUUUCCACCUCCCCACCCCUCCUGCUAAAUUAUGACUAGUCCCUAACUGGUAAGGGUAAUCAGUAUAGAAUUAAUCUAAUUUAUUUAGCUACGUGUGGACGACGUUAGAUGUUGGAUAUGUGCAAGGCAUGUGUGAUCUGUUAGCACCACUCUUGGUCAUUUUCGAUGACGGUACGUAGUGUUUUGACAGACUUAACUACACACGAAAAAACGCACAAGUUGUUACAAGUUUGCAAAUAAGUUGUCACAAAUCUGUUCACAAGCUGUCAACAAGCUGUCUUCGCACUGCUUGUUCCCAGUUGUUGUAACAAGUUUGGAACAAGCUGUUAACAACUUGUAACAAGCUUGAUGGCAUUAUCAGACUUGUCACAAGGUUGUUCUAACAAGUCCGAUACAGUCAUGAUAAACAAGAAUGUUACAAGGUUGAUGAUACAAGGUUGUAACAAUAUUGUUAUAUCAUGAUUAUAUCGGACUUGUUGGAACAACCUUGCAACAAGUCUGAUAAUAUCAACAAGGUUGUUACAAAUUGUCAACAGCUUCUUCCAAACUUGUUGACAACUUGGGACAAGCAGUGCGAACAUAACUUGUUGACGGCUUGUUGGCAGACUUGCUACAAGAUGUGAGAUUUUUGCAUGUGUAAUCGUGAACCCAAAUUUGACUUUUCAUAUUUCUGUGUAUUUCAGAAGCGAAAUCGUAUGAUUGUUUUGUCUUGCUAAUGAAACGGAUGGACCAUAACUUCCCUCAUGGCGAGAACAUGGAUAAACAUUUUGUCAACAUGAGAUCGUUAAUACAGGUAUAUUCACGCAUUGUUUCACCGUCCUCUUCUCUUUACAACAAAAGCUGGUGUACUCAUCAUUGAUCAUCAUUUUUAGAUUUUAGAUCCAGAACUGUUUGAGGUGAUGCAACAGAAUGGUGAUUUGACACAUUGUUACUUUUGCUACAGAUGGUUCUUGUUAGAUUUUAAGCGAGG